UUCAAGCAAUAGUAGAGUAUCUAUAGUUCCUGAUAAUUGUCUGUCACACACACACCCAUACACACACACACACACACAGGGGGGCGCGCGCGCGCGCUUGAAAUGUCAUCAAGGAACGAGCUCACCCGGGUCUUGAAGACUGGAAACUGCUCGCCGUUCUACAUCCGCCGCCGCAGCAUCGAAAUCGGGUGCAACCCGACCACACCGCCCGACAACUGCAACGCCGCACAGAUCCGUUUGUCAUUGGCCACACUGCUCCGACCUGCUGGAAGCUGCUCCUCUCACAUGGUGCCUCAAAGCACCAAUCAUCUGCUAAACCUCAGAGAACUUUCACAUUUAUUGUGACUAUGAGUGAAACAAACCAGUGUUCAAGGUUAUGUCCUACUGAAGUGACGUCUUUAACACAUUCAAAGCUUUUUACCAACGUUACCUAUUCCAUUACACUUGCCUUUGUCUUUAACAAACAGUGACAUAACCCCACUUUUUGACUUCCCUUCAAAAGCAUUCAAAUAUUUAAACCCGCACAACUGUCAUUCUUUUCUCAUUUCGCUUUGUUUCAAUCUACCGCGUGCUUUUCAUUCUACCUCUGAUAUUUAACAUGGUGGAACAAUACAAAGACAAUGCGGGAACUUGUAUUGGGUUCAACCUGUCCCAAAAGACGGCAACUGCCUUUACAGUGCCCUCGCACACCAGUUAUAUGGCUUAACGCCACGGAACUCGCUCUUCCCGGUUUAUCGAGACCUACUCCGCGCCAAUGCCAUACGUGAACUUCGGAACCGUCCAGAUCUUUACCAGGAUACUCUGGAAAUAUACGCUGCUGAUGUUCCCGGGAACUCUCCUCUUGAUCAUAAAGUGAAACUUUUUCUUCGCAAGCUUGAAGCCCUUGGUAGUUGGGGAGGAGAGGAGAGCAUCGUUGCACUUUCAAAUUUCCAUUCAACCAGAAUCUACAUCCACCAGAACAAUGCCACGCUUUCCUACUUCCCCACGGUUGCAGAGCCAACUACCGAGUGCCACAUCUUGUAUCGAGGAUCUCGCAACCAAAGAAACCACUAUGACAGCGUCUACUGUGUGCGUCGAGCAUCCAGCAUCCUGACGGCCCCGGUCGGCAGAAGGGUUGAAAUAAUCCGACCUACUGAUCGUUCCCCCCAAUUGGAGGUGUGCACAUUGAAAGAUGAUCAGGCGUCUCUCAUGAGCGCCGUGCUACACCAACUCACGCGAACGGAAGUUGGAGAAGAUACCUGCAGCAACCUUCGCUGCCUGAUUGCCGAUGAGAUUGUCCAUCUGGAACCGGCCGUCCUGACCUCACUCGGAAUACCUAUCGACAACGAAUCCUUGCAAACGUUUAUCUUCCGCUUGAAGACCGGCCUUCAGAAUGGUGGUGUCGCGUCCCUCGUUCUGCUCUCUUCGCUACUAGGUGUGACCAUCUACCUGUACAGAUACAACCAGGAUACGCUACGAAUGAACCCCGCUGAUCAAGCUGGUUCUGCUGCCGUUCACAUUUAUGAGCACAUUGCGGAUGAUAGUUCGACCUUCAGUAGUGUGCUUCGAAUCGUCCCAGACCAACCUCGUCUACCUCAAGUUCCCGAGACAACAUCAGACGGUAAAAACCCCAUCAUAAUUGCUGACAAUAUCUCGCGCACCGAAUUUGCGGGCACUCCGCAAAGUGUCCACUCGAGUAUGACCAUUCCAUCGCACCAGGGCCUCCGCUUAGGAUCCCUUAACGUUAACGGAUGCCGGGUCUCCGCCAAGCGUGACGAAAUAGACGCCCUCUUGGUCAGCCAUAAAGUUCACGUUGCUGUCCUGCAGGAGGUGAAUCUACCGUGCGGGGAGGCUCUUUCCGAUCAUUACCAUUGGCAUAUGGGAGAACCCGCUCGGAACAAAAGACGAGGACUUGCCAUUCUUGUGCACCGAGAUUACCCGAUAGCGAUAUGGCAUAAAAAGAAUCAAGGCAGCAACAUCCAGUAUGCGCAACUAGUCUACCAGGUGAGGAUCGCCAUUGAUAAAAUUGACCUUCUUAAUCCUAAUUGUAACUCACUCAAAGACAGAUGACGCUUCCUGUUAUUUGGACUUGGUAAAUGUCCACGGCCCCAACCAGAACAGCGCC